GUGACAGCGCAAUAGGCCUUGGCAGAUGAGACCACCCAGCGAAAGAGGGCGGGAAUCCCUUGCUGUAACCAUGGCAACGUGGUGGGGCGGGGCACCGACCCAAUCCGACCCUGUGAUUGGUGUUAGUACCGGAAGCGGAAAUAACGCAAAGCUGGCGCCAAAAUAGAAUGGCUGAGGUAUAUGAAUUGGCCUGGCACAGCAGGUGCUAAGGUCUAACAAAACAUUUGGGUAAAUAUUUAUAGGGAUUAAAUGAGUAGAAGUGACCAAGGCUUCCACAAGUAAUGGCCAUGUCAUAAGAAAACCAGUUACUAAAUGUUCCUGUAUGACAACUUUCCUGUCCAUGUCACAUGGUAACAUGAGUAACGAAUUAAGAGGUAAAGGGUCUGGACGAGGAAGAGGUGGCUUUCAAGGCUGGAGAGGAAGAUGGCGAGGAAGAGGAGAUGGAGGAAGAGACUGGAAAAGAAACACUGGAAAGCCUGAGUCUGCACAACCUCGAUUAAUUCAGUCAACACUGGACCAGAUUACUCCAUAUAAAGGCUGGAAGCUUUAUUUCUCUGAAGCUUAUGAUGGCAGCUCUCCUUUUGUCCAGAAGAUUCAAGCAUUUGAAAAGUUUUUUACACGUCACAUUGAACUUUAUGAUAAGGAUGAAAUAGAAAGAAAAGGGAGUACUCUUGUGGAUUACAAAGAGCUGAUACAAGAUAAAGAGUUAAUUGAAUUGAUACCAAGUAUAUCUACUGAUUUAAGGGAUAUGCCUCAGAAAAUACUGGACUGCAUGGGUUUGGCAAUACAUCAGGUAUUAACUAAGGACCUGGAAAGGUAUGCAGCUGAACUACAGGAACAAGAAGGAUUACCUAUUGAUGAAGAACCUAUAAUAAAUGUGCCACAUAUUCAUGCACGGGUGUACAACUAUGACCCAUUGACUCAACUGAAGAAUGUUCGGGCUAAUUGUUAUGGGAAGUAUGUUGCCUUGCGUGGCACUGUCGUGCGUGUCGGCAACAUUAAACCCCUAUGCACCAAGAUGGCCUUUAUAUGCAGCACAUGUGGGUAUAUUCAGAGUUUUCCUCUGCCUGAUGGAAAAUAUUCCCUUCCCACAAAGUGUCCUCUGCCUGAGUGCCAUGGACGAUCGUUCACUGCAGAUAGAAGCUCUCCUUUAACAAUUACGGUGGACUGGCAGUCUAUUAAGGUUCAGGAACUCAUGUCGGAUGAUCAGCGAGAAGCAGGUCGAAUUCCUCGCACAAUAGAAUGUGAGCUGAUUCAGGAUCUUGUAGACAGUUGUGUCCCAGGAGAUAUGGUCACGAUUACAGGAAUUGUUAAGGUGUCAAACACCGAAGAAGGAGCAUCUAGAAACAAGAAUGACAAAUGUAUGUUCCUGUUGUACAUUGAGGCAAACUCUGUCAGCAACGGUAAAGGACAAAAAGUCAUGAAUUCUGAAGAUGGGACUAAUCACCGAGUAUGCAUGGAGUUUUCACUUAAAGAUCUUUAUGCUGUUCAAGAGAUUCAAGCUGAGGAAAAUCUGUUCAAGCUAAUUGUCAACUCACUUUGUCCUACUAUCUAUGGCCAUGAGAUUGUAAAGGCAGGUUUGGCACUGGCAUUGUUUGGAGGAUGCCAAAAGUAUGUGGAUGACAAAAACAGAAUUCCAGUGCGAGGAGACCCGCAUCUUCUGGUGGUUGGAGAUCCUGGAUUGGGAAAGAGUCAAAUGUUGCAAGCAGUGUGCAAUAUUGCCCCUCGCGGUGUGUACGUUUGUGGCAAUACCAGCACCACCUCUGGCUUGACUGUGACUCUGUCUAGAGAUAGUACCUCUGGGGAUUUUGCUUUGGAAGCUGGUGCGUUGGUACUUGGAGAUCAAGGUAUUUGUGGAAUAGAUGAAUUCGAUAAGAUGGGAAGCCAACACCAAGCUUUGCUGGAAGCCAUGGAACAGCAAAGUAUCAGCCUUGCUAAGGCUGGCAUUGUUUGCAGCUUGCCAGCUAGGACAUCUAUCAUUGCUGCAGCAAAUCCAGUUGGGGGACAUUAUAACAAAGCCAAAACGGUCUCUGAGAAUUUAAAAAUGGGGAGUGCCUUAUUGUCCAGGUUUGACUUGGUAUUUAUCCUGCUGGACACUCCGAACGAAGAUCACGACCAUUUGCUUUCUGAGCAUGUGAUGGCAAUGAGAGCUGGAAAACAAGCAGUACACAGCAGCGCUGUAGUGACUCGCACCAACACACAGGAUUCAAACACCUCCAUUCUUGAAGCAGUCUCAGAUAAACCAUUAUCAGAAAAAUUAAAGGUCGUGCCUGGAGAAAAUUUUGAUGCCAUUCCACACCAGCUAUUGAGGAAGUAUGUUGGAUAUGCUCGGCAGUAUGUCCACCCAAAGUUAUCUCCAGAAGCUGCUCAGGUCCUCCAGGAAUUCUAUCUUGAGCUCCGGAAACAGAACCAAGGGGUGGACAGCACACCUAUCACCACAAGGCAAUUGGAGUCACUGAUUCGGCUUACAGAGGCACGAUCAAGACUGGAAUUAAGGGAAAAAUCAACCAAAGAAGAUGCCAAGGAUGUAAUUGAAAUAAUGAAAUACAGCAUGCUAGGAACUUACUCUGAUGAGUUUGGGAAACUGGACUUUGAGCGUUCACAGCAUGGUUCUGGGAUGAGCAAUAGGUCACAAGCAAAGAGAUUUGUUUCUGCACUCAACAAUAUUGCAGAAAGAACCUACAACAAUCUCUUUGCAUUUCAACAGCUUCGGCAGAUUGCAAAGGAGCUACAAAUAAAAGUAUCUGAUUUUGAAAGCUUUGUUGGCUCUCUAAAUGACCAGGGUUAUCUUUUGAAAAAAGGUCCAAGAGUUUAUCAGCUUCAAACUAUGUGAAAGAACCACCACAAUGGAAGCAAAUGUUCUUGAGGCACAGUAAUCAUAUCUGAAAUGGAAUAACUGGUGGACAUGGUGCCACAGGAGUCCAUUACCCUAUAACCUGCAGUCUACUAAGGAUAUUCCUAAAUGUUAUAGAUGUCCGAAGCUUCUAUUAGCUGAGACAUGACACUCCCAGAAGAACUGCCCUUUUAAAAGCAAUACUUUCAGGAAUGAGUGACACUACCAUAUUUACUUCCAGAAGUGUUAUCAGAGAAGAUGAUAUUUUGUGCUGCCAUUUGGAGGUACUGUAGUUCAAAUAAGAGUUAUUUGAGAUGAGGAUCUCCAUCAUCAAAGAUAAUAGCACGAGGAGAAUGUGUAUUUACAUUCAUCCUAUCAAAGGACAAUCACAGAUUUUACUUCUAGCUCAAAUAACUCAUGAUGCCUGAAUAAAUGAAUAGAAAUGUUACAGAAAGUAUUUUCUCAAACAGAAACGGUAAUAUUGAAAAGAUUUGAGAGGAACCCAGAUUUUAGCAGUGUAAUUAAAUCAAUUAAAUAGCUUCAGCACUAUUUUGAAAUGUUUUCAAGAAAUUGAUAGUUUUCAUGCUGAGGCUCCAUGCAAUGUAUAGUUUUAAGGAACAUGGUAUUUAAUUGAAAGAAAUUAAUUUGUUUAUUUGAAGUUUCACUUUUGCAGCUUACUAUUUAAUGAGCUGUAUACAGUACUUGAGCUUUUAUUUAAAAUGUUAAUCUGAAAAAAUCAAACUCUAGUUGUAUAUAUUAAAUAUUAUAGAAGUGAAAUAGAAUGUGUUUAUAUACAUCAUUUAAAAUCUAUUAACUUGUUGGUUGAAUCCCAAAUUUGUCUUUAAAUGACAUUAAAUACUUAAUAGCAUGGAAAUCUAAAGCAAUUUUGUCAUAAAUAUAAUGUACAUUUUGUGUAUUAAUUUAUAUUAUUCCUGAUGUAUGUUAAACUGACUUAAAUAAGGACAUCCAACAAAAGUGAGGCAGUGUGUAUAUAUAAGAUCUGCUGCUUUGAUGCCUGGUAAUCCAGUUUUUUCCUAAAGUAAUUCUCCCCAUAAUACAAAUGAAAGAUGGGGAACAUGUCUGAAAUGUUAUAUAUUGAGGUCACUACAAAGAUGAUGAUUUUAUCUGAAAGGUAAUAUGAAGGCUUUCUGUUUUAAGACUUUGUUUCUGAUCUUUUCCAUCUUUGUUUCUGUUCUGAGGCAGAUUAUUACUUAUUUAAGAGGAAGCAUUGGUUUUUAAACAAAUUCAAUAAACUUUCCUCAAUUUAUGUUUAAAGAAGAGUCCUGUUCCUCUGAAGUUUUGUGCCUUGAGAUGAAAUCCCAGAGUGUGAAAGAGAGAUUUAGGAUCCCCUCACGCUAACAGUUUAAAGCCCCAAUCCUGCAAAGGGAUCCAACCAAGCAGUUCCUUUACUAACAUGGGAAAUCAAUAGAAUUAUUUGUAGGUGUAAGGAUCUAUCCAUUAGGAACCCUUCUUAGGAUCAUGACCUAACAGCAAAAAGGCAAAUGAGGGGUAAUUUCAG